UUCAAAACUUCACACGUUUUUUCUUCUUGGAAAGGAAAGUGCUCCAUCGUUCGUUUCGUUCGUUGUCGACUCAUCGGUCUUUAGCUUUUCUGCGCUGACCAAACGUAAAUACUCAACAAAAUUUGUGAAAUUUCCUUCUCAAAUAAUUGCAAUACAUUUGCAUUUGUUUCAAUUUAGAAAUAAAUAAUUCACCAUGUCUCUCCAAACACCUGAAGAAAAGAAAGAACUCAUCACGAGAAAUCUUCAAGAAUUUCUCGGCGAAGAGAAAUUAAAUACUUUGCUCAAGGAGCGAGAUAUCAAAAUCUAUUGGGGAACUGCAACAACAGGUAAGCCACAUGUGGCUUACUUUGUUCCAAUGUCCAAAAUCGCUGAUUUCCUUAAAGCCGGAUGUGAGGUUACAAUCCUCUUUGCUGAUCUCCAUGCUUACUUGGAUAACAUGAAAGCCCCAUGGUCACUCCUUGAACUCAGGACACAAUAUUACGAAGCAGCUAUCAAAGCGAUGCUCACAUCCAUCGGGGUUCCUUUGGAGAAGUUGAAAUUUGUCAAGGGAACAGACUACCAACUAUCCAGAGAGUACACUCUGGACGUCUACAAACUAACGUCCGUUGUAACACAGCACGACGCAAGGAAAGCUGGAGCCGAAGUAGUCAAACAAGUCGAAUACCCAUUGUUGUCUGGUUUGUUGUACCCAGGACUGCAAGCACUUGACGAGGAGUACCUGAAAGUUGACGCUCAGUUCGGUGGUGUGGAUCAGCGAAAGAUCUUCACCUUUGCCGAAAAAUAUCUGCCACAAUUGGGCUACGAAAAGCGAAUCCAUUUCAUGAAUCCAAUGGUUCCUGGUCUGGCUGGUGGCAAAAUGUCCUCAUCUGAGGAAGAUUCCAAAAUCGAUUUGCUUGACUCGCCUGCCAAUGUCAAGAAGAAGCUCAAGAAGGCAUUCUGUGAGCCCGGAAACAUUACCGACAAUGGUCUGCUUUCAUUCGUGAAACAUGUACUGUUCUCACUGUUUCCUAAAGGAGAAGGAUUCACUGUCAAUAGGAACGAAAAGAACGGAGGUGAUGCUACAUUCUCGACUUACCAAGAGCUGGAAACUUGUUUUGCAGAGAACAACUUGCACCCUGCAGAUUUAAAGGCUGCUGUUGAAAAGUACAUCAAUAAGCUACUCGAACCCAUAAGGAAGACAUUCGAAAGUCCUGAACUUCAAAAAUUGAGUGCAGCAGCUUAUCCUCCACCAGCGAAAGCAAGUGCUGUAAAGAAUGCCGCAAACAAUACCGCAGAUGCAGCUGAAGAUGGUCCUCAUAGGCUAGAUAUGAGAGUGGGACAAAUCUUGGAGGUAAAACGCCAUCCUGAUGCUGAUACUUUAUAUGUUUCGACUGUGAGCAUGGGUGAAAAUGAACCACCACGUACAAUUGUCAGUGGGUUGGUCAAGUUUGUGACAAUUGAAGAACUCCAACAAAGACAGGUGUUGGUGCUGUGUAAUCUUAAGCCAGCUAAAAUGCGAGGUGUCCUUUCCGAAGGCAUGAUUCUGUGUGCUUCCAAUGCUGAUCACACUGAAGUAGAACCAAUUAUUGUGCCUAGUGGGUCGAAUGCUGGAGAUCGUAUUACAGUUGAAGGAUACAGUGGAACUCCUGACAAAGAACUCAACCCUAAAAAAAAAGUUUGGGAUAAACUACAAGUUGAUUUGAAAACUAAUGGUAAAGGUGUAGCCGUUUGGAAGGACAAUAACUUGCAGACUCCCAAAGGAGACGUGUUAACAAGUAAACUGGCUAACUGCUGCAUUAAGUGAUGGAGUAAUGGAAUACACUAUAAAGUUGAUAAGCUUCUCACUGCGCAUCCAGAGCAUUUACUUAUUUAUUUUUUCUUUUGCAAUGCAUUUUGUUUGACACGAAAGCAAAAUAUAAAUCAAACGAGCUAAAAAAUA